AUGCCCAUUGGUGUUCCAAGAGUACCCUUUCGAAGCCCUGGGGAAGAAGAUGCAUCUUGGGUUGAUAUAUACAAUCGACUUUAUCGAGAAAGAUUACUUUUUUUAGGUCAAGAGGUUGAUAGUGAAAUAUCGAAUCAACUAAUUAGUCUUAUGGUAUAUCUUAGUAUAGAAGAAGAGAAUAAAGAUUUGUAUCUGUUUAUAAAUUCUCCGGGGGGGUGGGUAAUACCCGGAAUAGCUAUUUAUGAUACUAUGCAAUUUGUACAACCAGAUGUACAGACAGUAUGUAUGGGAUUAGCCGCUUCAAUGGGAUCCUUUCUUUUGGCAGGAGGAGAAAUUACCAAACGUUUAGCAUUCCCUCACGCUAGGGUAAUGAUCCACCAACCCGCUAGUUCUUUUUAUGAGGCACAAACGGGAGAAUUUAUCCUGGAAGCGGAAGAGCUACUGAAAAUGCGUGAAACUAUCACAAGGGUUUAUGUACAAAGAACGGGCAAACCUUUAUGGGUUAUAUCCGAAGACAUGGAAAGGGAUGUUUUUAUGUCAGCAGCAGAAGCCCAAGCUCACGGAAUUGUAGAUCUUGUAGCCGUUGAAUAA